CACAGGAUCGUUGAUAUCAUUGUAACUACAGCAGGGGGUGUGGAGGAAGACCUGAUCAAAUGUCUUGCACCCACUUACCUGGGAGACUUCAGCUUGAAGGGGGCAGAUUUAAGGCCAAAGGGCAUCAACAGGAUUGGUAACCUUCUUGUUCCAAAUAAUAAUUACUGCUUGUUUGAGGACUGGAUCACCCCAAUACUAGAUCAGAUGGUGUUAGAACAAGACACUGAGGGGACUAAGUGGACGCCAUCUAAGAUGAUCGCUCGCCUAGGAAAAGAAAUAAAUCACCCAGACUCUGUAUAUUACUGGGCCUAUAAGAACGAUAUCCCUGUGUACAGUCCGGCCCUGACAGAUGGCUCUUUGGGUGAUAUGCUCUAUUUCCACUCGUACAAAAAUCCUGGCUUGAAACUGGACAUUGUAGAAGAUAUCCGCCGGCUGAAUUCCUCUGUAGUCUUUGCCAAGAAGACGGGAAUGAUUAUUUUGGGAGGAGGAUUAGUUAAACACCACAUUUGUAAUGCUAAUCUCAUGAGGAACGGAGCAGAAUAUGCCGUGUUUAUAAACACAGCGCAGGAAUUUGAUGGUUCGGACGCCGGCGCCAGACCCGAUGAAGCAGUGUCGUGGGGAAAGAUUCGCAUGGAUGCCAACCCAGUCAAGGUCUACGCAGACGCCACCCUGGUAUUUCCUCUGCUGGUGGCACAGACGUUUGCCCAGAGGCACGCAGACUUCACAAACAAGCAGAAAGAUCAGGAUUCAUAAGAUGGAGACGUGUACACCUCUAAGAGUCCCUCUUCUGCUGGAGGCCUGCUCAGAAAGCAUGCUGGUUUUUCUAGGUGCUGCUACAUUU